CACUCAUAUGUGAGACUUUCGGCUCACUAGUACCAUUUACUUUACAAUUACAUAUUUUGUAUUAUUCGUUAUUACUCAUUGUUUACUAUUAAACAUCGUGGUUCAUUACUAUUAUUUUGUUUUCUAUCACGUCCAGCGUGUGACGUCAUUCCUGGCGACAGUAACUACAACAUCCCGAAUCCGCUUUAGCAGCUUGUGCAUCAGAAACGCCUGAUAAAAUACACAGAGAGAAGGAGAAACGUGUGCAGAUGUGCCUGUAUACAUCUCAGUGAUGUUUAUUAAAGUUUAAACCCGCCAAUAAAGCUUGUUGAGUGUGAAUAGAGAGGGAUAAGGAUGGCGGAGGAGGAAGAGCGCGGACCAGGUUCGGUCUAUCAGAUGUUCGUGCUGAUGGAGGAUUUGCUGGAUAAACUCAAGGUUCUUGAUUAUGAACAGCAUGUUUUGGAUAAACACAACAUCAAACCUCUAUCCAGGCAUUAUUUUGUCUCUAGCCCUCACGUGGUGUCAAAUCCUGGUGAGCAGUUCUUUAUGUUCAGUGUAAUUGCCGCCUGGUUGAUUUCUCUCUGUGGACGGCCGUUUGACACACCGCAGGAGUACGAUGAUCCCAAUGCCACCGUCUCCAACAUCCUGUCUGAGCUGCGUGUCUUGGGUGGCCAGGUUGACUUUCCCCCAUCUAAGCUGAAGUCUGGAUCUGGAGAGCAUGUCUGUUAUGUUCUAGAUCAGCUGGUAGAAAAGGCACUUAAGAGUAAAGGAUUCGCCUGGAACAGGCCUCUGUACCCGUCUGUGGAGGUGGAAGAAGAAUGUGUGCAGGAGGAUGAUGCUGAGCUCACACUCAGUAAAGUAGAGGAAGAAAUGACACAGGAGGAUGAGGAGUAUGAGGAAGAGGAUGGCCUUGAUUUAGACGCACUGAAGACCAGAACCAAUCAGAGUGAACUCAGUGGAUCAAGACCCGCGGUUGUUCUGGAGUCAGAUGUUGAUGCCGCUGAGUGGAAUCUGGAAGUUGAACGUGUUCUUCCACAACUUAAAGUCACCAUUCGAACUGACAACAAGGAUUGGAGGAUUCAUCUUGAUCAAAUGCAUCAACAUCAAGACGGCAUCAACACAUCCUUGCAAGACGCCAAGGGUUGUCUGUUUAAACUGAGGGAAGACAUCAGUAAAACACUGGAGAAAGUGAGCAGUCGUGAGAAAUAUCUCAAUACUCAGCUUGAGCAUCUUAUUUCAGAAUACCGCCAAGCACAAGCACAACUCAACAAGGUAAAGGAGCUUUAUCAGCAAGCCAGUGGCGGCGUCACAGAGAGAACCAGGAUAUUGGCUGAGAUCAGCGAGGAGCUAGAAAAAGUCAAACAGGAAAUGGAAGAGAAAGGCAGCAGCAUGUCUGAUGGAGCUCCAGUGGUGAAGAUCCGUCAGAGUUUGACCAAGCUGAAGCAGGAGAUUGAGCAGAUGGAUGUUCGGAUGGGAGUGGUGGAGCACACUUUACUACAAGCCAAACUCAGAGAAAAAAACAACAUGACCAGAGACAUGCACGCUACACACCUCUUGGAGCCCAACACACAGACGUACUGAGUCUUACACACUUGUAUGUGUUGGUUACAUUUUAUAUAAAUAUGUUGAAAUAUGUUUUUAAAUGUAAAUAACAAAAUAUCUAGUAUUGAACAAUAAAAUAAAUACUCUCACUACUAGAUCCUUUGCUCUCAGAGCUUUAACUUACGUAACUUUUUCCAGAGAAAAAGAGAAGGGUGUUGGUUAUAGAGGCGCCUGAGCUAAGCAUUACACACACAUGUCACUAUUCAAUGAUGUCAUCCUCACAUGCUGCAGAGAAAUACUAGAGAUUAUUCUGGUUUGCUUUAGUUCGUUUGGGCAUGCUCAAGUUAUCAGUCCACAUCCUGAGGAAACGUGUUCAGCCUAAGAACAAUGAACUUUUUGUUGAAAUUAUCUGUGGAAUUGUAAUAUUUAUAGGAAUUCUCAAGCAAAUAGUAGUAAUUUGCAGCAUCUGUAAAUGGUAUAAUACCCAGUUAUCCAUAUAAUAUAAUAUUAUAUAAUAUAUCCGUAUCAUAUAAUAUUAUAUAAUAUUAUAGUAUAAUAUUCAUGACCCUGGAUCACAAAACCAGUCAUAAGUAGCAUGGUGUAUUUGUAGCAGUAGCCAACAAUACAUUGUUUGAGUCAAAAUUAUUGAUUUUAUGCCAAAGCAUUAGGAUAUUAAGUAAAGAUCAUGUUCCAUGAAGAUAUUUUCUACAUUUCCUACUGAAAAUGUAUCAAAACUUAAUUUAUUAUUACUAAUAUACAUUGCUAAGAAUUUAAUUUGGACAAUUUUUUUUUUUUUGUCAAAUUUUCAAAUUGUUGUAUCUAUUCGAACAAACCAUGCAUCAGUGGAAAGCAUAUGAUUGGUUUUGUGGUCCAGGGUCACAAAUGAUGAUUCCUAACUGUGAUUCCAAAUGAAUAAUAAUACCAUGAAUCAUCUACAGAUUUACAAUUUGACUUUUAAUUGAUACAGGCACUAAAUGCUGAAAUAAAAUCAGAACCACUGUUACAGGUUUGUAUCUGUUGCCUGUUGGACUCAUUAUAAAAUAUUUGGAAGAAUGUGGGUAACCAAAUAGUUGACAGCAGCCAUUGACUUACAUAGAAUGAAAAAAAAAAAAAGUAUAGAAA